AUGGGAGGCCUGAAGUCCACUGCGCCGGGGCAGCAGCUCCGCGCUCUCUUUUAUGUGCUGCCGCCCGGCGAGAGCUCCUUCCGCACGGUGGACGAGGUGCCCGACUACGUGGAGAAGGUGAGAGUCCCCUUCCCCGCCCUCGGCAGCAUCCUUCGCCUUCCCCUCCGCCCACCCCUUCAUCCAACGCCCCAGGUGGCCCAAGGAAUCAAUGUCCGCGAAAGGGCACCUAAAAGUAUUCCAUUCUUCAUUGCUUUUCUUGUGCUGGAGUUUGCUGUCACCUGGGUUCAGAAGCGUAAGCUGUCAGGUCGGAUCAAUGAUGGCAUAAGUUCUCUUUCUUUGGGUAUCCUGUCUCGUCUGCCAGAUGUUUUAUUCAGAAGUGUUGAAUUAAUUAGUUAUAUCUACGUAUGGAAUAACUACAGGCUCUUUGAACUGCCCUGGGACUCACAAUGGACCUGGUACUUGACACUCUUGGGAGUGGACUUUGCAUAUUACUGCUUUCAUCGUUUAAGCCACGAGGUUAAUAUACUGUGGGCAGCGCACCAAAUACAUCAUAGUUCUGAAGAUUACAACUUAUUCACAGCCUUGAGACAAUCUGUACUGCAAAAAUAUACCUCCUGGAUUUUCAACUUGCCCAUGGCUCUUCUCAUUCCUCCUUCAGUGUUUGCUGUUCAUCUACAGUUCAAUCUGCUUUACCAGUUUUGGAUUCAUACAGAGGUUAUCACCAACCUUGGGCCUCUGGAGUGGAUUCUUAAUACUCCCAGUCAUCACAGAGUUCAUCAUGGUAGAAAUCCUUACUGUAUUGACAAAAAUUUUGGUGGCACACUAAUCAUCUGGGACAGGAUAUUUGGAACAUUUGAGGCAGAAGAUGCAAAAGUUGUGUAUGGCUUAACACAUCCAGUAAAUUCAUUUGAUCCCAUCAUGCUCCAGUUACGUCCCUUGGCUCAUAUUUGGAACACGUUUUGGGCCACACCUGGAUUCUGCAAUAAGCUUUCUGUCAUAUUCAAAGGGCCCGGCUGGGGACCAGGCAAACCUAGACUUGGCCUUCCUGAGGAAAUCCCAGAGGUCACUGGAAAAGAAGUCCUCUUCAAUCCAACUGUACCAGGUUAUCUUAAUUGCUAUGCAGUUGUACAUUUUGCUGUAAUAUUGGAUUUAUAUACUGAACUUCUUGGUGCAGUGAGUAUGUUAUCACAGGAAACUAUUCUCCUGAGAAUUGCCUUUAUCAUUCUCUCCCUGACCUCUUUUGGACUGCUUAUGGAGAACAAGCCCAAAGCAAGAAUUUUGGAGAUCAUCCGUUCCUUAGUCUUUGUAGCUGUGUACAAACUUGGCUACGUAAGGAGUCAGUUUUCUUCCUUGGGCUAUGCAUAUGAGGUGUUGUUUUCCCUCUGUGCUGUGUUUUGGGGAAUCCAAAUUAUGAAGCAGAAUCCUUCAUCCAAAGAAAAACUUCACUGA